CUCAUCAACCCAAAACCCUACCAAGCCUCCUCCUCCUCCUCCUCCGAUUAUCCACUACAUUUUCCGGUGAGUUUUUCCCUUUAUAUGACUGCUCCUUCAUCGUAGUUUCAUUGUGUGUCUUCGUUUCUUAACUGGGGAUCCAUAUCUUUUUUUCUUUCUAGGCUGCUUUUGUCGUGUGUUGAAUUCCAGCUGCUUAGCUACGAAAGGGUUGUGAAAAUGACUGUGGAGGUUAUUAAAGCAGAAGCAGUGACGACUUCAACUCCAGCGGUUGUGGCUCCCGAGGAUCCGAUGAAGGCGGCUGUGGUGGAAGAGACCGAGAAGGCGGCGGCUGCUGCCGUGGAAGAGACCGAGAAGGUGGCGAAAAGCUCCUCCUACAGAGAAGAGAGCAACUUCGUCUCCGAUCUCAAGGAGUUCGAGAAGAAGGCGUUGACCGACUUCAAGGCCAAGCUGGAAGACGCCAUCCUCGGCAACACUCUGCUCCAAACCGAGAAGCCCAAGAAGGAGGUCAAGGAGACCAAAGAAAAGAAGAAGAAGGAGAAGGAAGAAGCCCCUCCCUCCGCCGAGAAAGAAAAGGAGACGGAGCAGACCGUCAAGGUGGAAGGAGAAGAAGCCACCAAAGAGGAAGCUCUUGCCACCGCAGAAGAAGAGAAGAAAGAGGAAGAAGCGCCUGCUGCUGAAGAACCAAAAACAGAGGAACCCCCUGCUGCUGAAGAGCCAAAAACAGAGGAAGCCGCCCCCGCUGCCGAGGAGGUGAAACCAGAGGGAGAUGCUGAUGAGAAUGAAAAGAUUAUCCAGGAAUGCGAAGCUGAGAAGAAGGAAGAAAUCGCUGCCGAUGCUGUUGCCGUCCCUGUCGCGGAAGAAAAGACUGAGGAAGCUGAAACCGAAGCCACCCCCGUGGUGGUGGAGGUGGUGGACAGGGAAAUUUCUCUGUGGGGAGUUCCUCUGCUUCCGAGCAAAGGAGAGGAAGGAACCGACGUCGUGCUGCUGAAAUUCCUCCGAGCCAGAGAGUUCAAGGUCAACGAAGCUUUCGAGAUGCUGAAGAAGACCCUGCUGUGGAGGAAGGAGAACAACAUCGAUUCCAUCCUGGAAGAGGAUUUGGGCGAGGAUCUUGCCGCCGCCUUCUUCACCAACGGCGUCGACCGCGAGGGCCACCCCAUCUCGUACAACGCCUACGGGGUUUUCGAGAACCAGGAGCUCUACGCCAAGGCGUUUGGGGACGAAGAGAAGAGGAAGCAUUUCCUCAGGUGGAGGAUCCAGCAGCUGGAGAAGGAGGUUCAGAAGCUUCAACUCAAGCCCGGCUGCGUCACUUCUCUGCUUCAGAUCAGCGAUCUCAAGAACUCUCCAUCGCCGUCCAAGAAGGAGCUUCGCGUCGCCAUGAAGCAGGCUGUCGGGAUUCUGCAGGACAAUUACCCUGAAUUGGUCGCCAGAAACAUAUUCAUCAAUGUGCCCUUCUGGUACUACGCUUUCAACGCACUCCUUUCCCCAUUCCUGACCCAACGCACCAGGAGCAAGAUCGUCGUUGCUCGCCCCGCCAAGACCACCGAAACCCUGCUCAAGUACAUCGCGGUGGAAGAAAUCCCAGCGAAGUUCGGUGGGUUCAAGAGGGAGAACGAUUACGAGUUCGGGGGAGAGAGUGAAGUGGCCGAAGUGUUUGUGAAGGCCGGAUCAAGCGAGAGCAUCGAGAUCCCGGCGACGGAGGUGGGAGGAACAUUGCUGUGGGACGCGACUGUCGUCGGAGGGGAAGUGAGCUACAAGGAAGAGUUCGUGCCGACGGAUGCAGGGUCGUACACCAUCAUCAUCCAGAAGGGGAAGAAGGUGGCCGCCGGCGACGAGCCAAUCCGCAACACUUUCAGGAACAACGAGCCUGGGAAAGUCGUGCUCACCGUCGACAACUGCUCCGGCAAGAAGAAGAUGGUUUUGUACAGGUACAAGACCAAGAAGACUGCUGCUUAAGUUGAGUUUGGCUUGAAGAGAAAAGGAAAAAGGGAUAAAGAUACCAACAAAUGUUUCUUCUUUGUGCAUCCAUAGACAAUCAUAAUUUUCCUUCUUUCAUUUUCAUGGGGGGUUUUACCGUUUAUAUAUUGGGAUAUAUAUUAUCAUUCUUUUGGGGGUUGCAGCAGCAAUUCAAUUUGUGAAUCUGUGAAUGUGUGGUUUUUUUACUUUGUAUGUUCUGCGGGGUUGUUGCAAAGUUCUUUGUUGAGAGAGUUGAAAAGAAAGAUUGAAUUUUUAA